AUGAAACUAGAUACCGAUGAAAUAUUCAAAAAUUAUAACCAUAAUGAAACAAUAAAAAUUAUUGAUAAUCUUAGAAAAGAAAUAAUUAAAAAAGAAGAUUCAAUUAAAGAUUUUUUAAAAAAAAAAAAUACUAGUGUAAUUAAAAAUACAAUUAAAAUUAAAAAUAUAUAUGGAAGUGUGGAAAAAAUAAAAUCUAACUUAGAAGAAAUAAUAGUUAAUUAUAAUGAACUUAUAAAUGAUAUAAAGAAUAAAAACUCACUUUAUUUUAAAGAAUCAUAUGCAAAAGAAUUAAGCGAUUCUGAAAAAAAUGUUGUGAAAGAUGUGUGGUUGAAAAAAUAUGAUAAUUAUGAAUUUUUGUUUAAUAUUUCUAUUUUAAAUAGUGAUUAUUGUUUUGUGAAAAAAAAAAAAGAAGAAUUAAUUAAUUAUGAUUUCUUUUAUUUAAACAAUUAUAUUAAUAAUGUUUAUUUUGAUAUUAACAAAAGAGUUAGUGAGGAAGAUUACAUAUUUGCCCUAAAUCAAAUUUAUACAGACAUUUUUAUAUGUCUAAAAGUUUUACAAUCUAUUCUUAAAAACGAUAAAAUAAAGGAAACAUACAAAAAUAUGUUUAAAAAUGAAAAUUGUAUUUAUUGUUUAAAUUCUUUUGUGAAAAAUCAUAAAGAUAAUUUUUGCGAAAUAAUAUUAAAAUUAAUCUAUUCUUCUUUUUUUAAUUUAACAUAUAAUAAUUCAUGCAAAAUCAAAACAAUACCAAAAUCAAUAAUUAUAUUAUUAAUCUUCUACAAUAAAAAUAACUGCCAAACAUUGGAUAUUAUAAAAAAUGAUUUAUUUUACGAAAUAUUUACUUUGCGGAUAAAUCUAAUAGAUAAAUUUAUUCAAAAAAAAAGUAAUAUUAAAGAUUUUAAUUUUGAAAAGUUAAAAAAUUACUUUAAAAAAAUAAUAAAUUUAAUUUUAAAUAGCAAAUAUAUACUACUCUUGUUAAUUCAUACAAAUAACGUAGAAUUCCAAAAUAAAUUAAAAGGUGAAGAAAAUAAAUUUUCAUUGGAAUGUUAUUAUGACAAAUAUGUGGAUAAUAAUAAAAAUGAAAAUAACUAUUUAAUAGAAGAAAAUAAAAAAAAUGAAAGUAGUUCUCCUUUUGAGAAUUUUAAUGAGAACGAAAAUAAAUUUUUAGAAAAAAUGAAAAAUGAGAUAUUUAUUUUACAAAACGUAUGCAAUAAAAAUGAGACAGAGAUAAAAAAAAUUAAGGAAUAUUUUAAUUAUUCUAUAAAUAGCAUUGAAGAAAUAAAAAAUAUUUUGAAUAAAAAUAGUAUUGAUAAUUUUAGGUUAUUAUAUAAAAGCUAUAUAGAAUGUGUUAACAAAGCGUAUAAAUAUAUGAUAAAUUUAUUACAAGAAUAUUAUAAGAAUAAAUAUAUAAUGUGUAGUGAUUUCUUCAAAGAAUAUACAAGUAUUAGAAUAUUUUAUAACGAAAUUAAAGAAAAAAUAUGUUUCAAAGAAAAGUAUUUUAGUACAUUUAUUAGCAAUGUUAAUUCUUACAUAAACGAUAACUAUUUAAAUUUUAUUCUCGAAAAGGUAUUUGAAAUAUUUUUCUUCUUUUUUUUUAAUAAGUCUAUAACUGCAGUUCCAUUUUUUGAUAUGAAACCAGUUAAUAAAUGGAAAUUUAUAAUUAGAGAUAUAUUUCGAAAUUUGUUUUAUAACGUAUCUUUAUUUUAUGAGAAGAAAUUUGAAAUACAGAAUUAUAUAUUUUAUUCUUUUGUUUUAAAUUCCUUUUAUUUCUAUUAUGAAUUUUAUAAUAUUGAUUUAAAAUUAAUAUACACAGAAUUUUUAAGAAUUGAAAAUUUUACUAGUAAAAAUAGUAAAAUAAAAAAAAGUUUUCAAAAAGAAUUAUCCGAAUAUUUUCUCACAAAUAAAAAUGUUUUAAAAGAAAAAUAUUUUCAUAAUGACUUCAAAAGAAUUAUAAAAGAAAAAAUUCAUCCAUUAAUUUAUAGUGCUUAUAAAUUAAUAAUAUUUAUUGAUAGCAAAGAAAUUAAGGAAACUGGAAAUGUUGAUUUUUUAUAUAUGUAUGAAAAUAUAAAUUGGAAUGAUUUUUAUAAUAUAUUUCAUGCAUUUAGUAAUGUUUUAAAAUAUUAUAAUAAUGAAAAUGAUGAUACAGAUAAUAUUAACUCAAAAAAAAGAAAUAUUUUGCUUACCUUUUUUAAAUCAUUUAAUUCAGGAAAAUCUGAAAUUAUAAAUCCUGUUAAUAAUAAAUCUGAUUAUUUUAGCAACAUUAUUAACUGUACAUCAAAUCACAUAAGUAAUAAUAAUAUCAACGAAAUGAACGAAAAUAUGAUUUCUCGUAACUCAUUUAAUAUAUUAAAUAAUAAUGAAGAUAUUCAAAAAAAAGAAUUGUCUAAUGAGGAGAAUAAAGAACUGUAUUUUUAUAUAAAUCUUAUUAGAUUUAAUAGUAAACUGUCAUUUAGCAAAUUUUUAAAUUGUUAUGAAAAUUUAGAGAAAACUAUUACAUUAAAUGAUGAUAAUAUAAAUAAAAAUAAUUAUGAUUUUCACGAAGAAAAAAUUUUAGGUGAAGAUUUACAAAACGAACCAAAUUUUUGCUUAAAUGAUUUGAAAAGUAUAUUUUUUACUUUAGUUUAUAAUAUUUUUAAGAUUUCACUAGAAUGUUUUUGUUUAGAAUAUUUUGAAAAUUUAAAAAGUUAUUUAGAUCUUUUUCUGAAUAUGUUAUUAAAUAAUGAAAUAAAAAAUAUAUUAUGUGAAAGGAUGAAUUGCCAUUUAAUAAAUAUAUUAAUUUUUUCAAAUAUAUACAUAAUAUACAUUGAAAAAUUAAUGAAAACAGAUAUAUAUAGAAGUAUUGUAAUAUUCAUAGUGAAAACUAUUCUUCAGAGAAGAAUUUACAAGAUCUAUUACAAUUUUCUUAAUAAAUUAAAGGAGCAUUAUUUUUACGAAGGAAAAAAAGAAAAUGAUAAGAAAAAUUUAUUGAACACAAAAAUAACAGAAUUGUAUAAUAUCAUAUUACUAGAUUUAUGCUUUUGCGAACAAGUUUUAGAUAAAAAUACGAUUAUAAAUAAAUCUUUUUAUGAAAGUCUUAUUUUAAGAUAUAAUGAAAAUAAAAAAUACUACAUAAAAUCUUGUUUUUAUUUUAUUCAUAUAUAUAAAGAAAAAUACAACGUCUAUAGUGAAAAAAAAAUUAAUGAAAAUAAUAUAAAAAAGCAUAAGUUAUUUUUAAAAUUAAAUCAAAAAGAUAAAAAGGAAAAAAAAAAACUUUCAAGUUAUUUGUUAAAAAUAAUCAUUGAUGAUAUCUUAACAGAGUUAAAUAAAUUAGAUAAUCUUAAUACUAUAAUUUUUCAAAAACACAUACGCCUAUCAGCACAAAAUAUAAUAAAGAAUUCAUAUUUAUUAUAUUACCUAUUUGUUAAUGGUUCAACCUUAAAUAACAUUUUAAAUACACAAAAAAAUACUAAUGAAAAAUUAUUAGAGAUUUUUAAUUUUAAUAAAGUUGAUAUGAUUAAUAAUAAUUUUAUUGAAAAUAACUUAUUUAAUUUUUUUUUAUAA